AUGACGGAGGUCAGUACCGAGCGAGUACAGUGCGCGGCCCCCAGGUGGUGUGCGGGCCCGGCGCCCUGCAGGACGAGCCGGCCCUGGAGGGCGCGCUGGCCGCCGCCGCGCUGGCGCCCGCCGACCUGUGCUACCGCCGCGUCACGCGCGUCGGCCGCGUGCUGCGCGCGCUGGCCCGCGCGCAGCACAUCAGGCAGCACCACGGCCUGCCGCCAGGGGACUGCGCCGUCCUGCCGGCAGAGGAUCUCAUACAGGUACACUCAGGCAGCACCACGGCCUGCCGCCAGGGGACUGCGCCGUCCUGCCGGCAGAGGAUCUCAUACAGGUACACUCAGGCAGCACCACGGCCUGCCGCCAGGGGACUGCGCCGUCCUGCCGGCAGAGGAUCUCAUACAGGUACACUCAGGCAGCACCACGGCCUGCCGCCAGGGGACUGCGCCGUCCUGCCGGCAGAGGAUCUCAUACAGGUACACUCAGGCAGCACCACGGCCUGCCGCCAGGGGACUGCGCCGUCCUGCCGGCAGAGGAUCUCAUACAGGUACACUCAGGCAGCACCACGGCCUGCCGCCAGGGGACUGCGCCGUCCUGCCGGCAGAGGAUCUCAUACAGGUACACUCAGGCAGCACCACGGCCUGCCGCCAGGGGACUGCGCCGUCCUGCCGGCAGAGGAUCUCAUACAGGUACACUCAGGCAGCACCACGGCCUGCCGCCAGGGGACUGCGCCGUCCUGCCGGCAGAGGAUCUCAUACAGGUACACUCAGGCAGCACCACGGCCUGCCGCCAGGGGACUGCGCCGUCCUGCCGGCAGAGGAUCUCAUACAGGUACACUCAGGCAGCACCACGGCCUGCCGCCAGGGGACUGCGCCGUCCUGCCGGCAGAGGAUCUCAUACAGGUACACUCAGGCAGCACCACGGCCUGCCGCCAGGGGACUGCGCCGUCCUGCCGGCAGAGGAUCUCAUACAGGUACACUCAGGCAGCACCACGGCCUGCCGCCAGGGGACUGCGCCGUCCUGCCGGCAGAGGAUCUCAUACAGGUACACUCAGGCAGCACCACGGCCUGCCGCCAGGGGACUGCGCCGUCCUGCCGGCAGAGGAUCUCAUACAGGUACACUCAGGCAGCACCACGGCCUGCCGCCAGGGGACUGCGCCGUCCUGCCGGCAGAGGAUCUCAUACAGGUACACUCAGGCAGCACCACGGCCUGCCGCCAGGGGACUGCGCCGUCCUGCCGGCAGAGGAUCUCAUACAGGUACACUCAGGCAGCACCACGGCCUGCCGCCAGGGGACUGCGCCGUCCUGCCGGCAGAGGAUCUCAUACAGGUACACUCAGGCAGCACCACGGCCUGCCGCCAGGGGACUGCGCCGUCCUGCCGGCAGAGGAUCUCAUACAGGUACACUCAGGCAGCACCACGGCCUGCCGCCAGGGGACUGCGCCGUCCUGCCGGCAGAGGAUCUCAUACAGGUACACUCAGGCAGCACCACGGCCUGCCGCCAGGGGACUGCGCCGUCCUGCCGGCAGAGGAUCUCAUACAGGUACACUCAGGCAGCACCACGGCCUGCCGCCAGGGGACUGCGCCGUCCUGCCGGCAGAGGAUCUCAUACAGGUACACUCAGGCAGCACCACGGCCUGCCGCCAGGGGACUGCGCCGUCCUGCCGGCAGAGGAUCUCAUACAGGUACACUCAGGCAGCACCACGGCCUGCCGCCAGGGGACUGCGCCGUCCUGCCGGCAGAGGAUCUCAUACAGGUACACUCAGGCAGCACCACGGCCUGCCGCCAGGGGACUGCGCCGUCCUGCCGGCAGAGGAUCUCAUACAGGUACACUCAGGCAGCACCACGGCCUGCCGCCAGGGGACUGCGCCGUCCUGCCGGCAGAGGAUCUCAUACAGGUACACUCAGGCAGCACCACGGCCUGCCGCCAGGGGACUGCGCCGUCCUGCCGGCAGAGGAUCUCAUACAGGUACACUCAGGCAGCACCACGGCCUGCCGCCAGGGGACUGCGCCGUCCUGCCGGCAGAGGAUCUCAUACAGGUACACUCAGGCAGCACCACGGCCUGCCGCCAGGGGACUGCGCCGUCCUGCCGGCAGAGGAUCUCAUACAGGUACACUCAGGCAGCACCACGGCCUGCCGCCAGGGGACUGCGCCGUCCUGCCGGCAGAGGAUCUCAUACAGGUACACUCAGGCAGCACCACGGCCUGCCGCCAGGGGACUGCGCCGUCCUGCCGGCAGAGGAUCUCAUACAGGUACACUCAGGCAGCACCACGGCCUGCCGCCAGGGGACUGCGCCGUCCUGCCGGCAGAGGAUCUCAUACAGGUACACUCAGGCAGCACCACGGCCUGCCGCCAGGGGACUGCGCCGUCCUGCCGGCAGAGGAUCUCAUACAGGUACACUCAGGCAGCACCACGGCCUGCCGCCAGGGGACUGCGCCGUCCUGCCGGCAGAGGAUCUCAUACAGGUACACUCAGGCAGCACCACGGCCUGCCGCCAGGGGACUGCGCCGUCCUGCCGGCAGAGGAUCUCAUACAGGUACACUCAGGCAGCACCACGGCCUGCCGCCAGGGGACUGCGCCGUCCUGCCGGCAGAGGAUCUCAUACAGGUACACUCAGGCAGCACCACGGCCUGCCGCCAGGGGACUGCGCCGUCCUGCCGGCAGAGGAUCUCAUACAGGUACACUCAGGCAGCACCACGGCCUGCCGCCAGGGGACUGCGCCGUCCUGCCGGCAGAGGAUCUCAUACAGGUACACUCAGGCAGCACCACGGCCUGCCGCCAGGGGACUGCGCCGUCCUGCCGGCAGAGGAUCUCAUACAGGUACACUCAGGCAGCACCACGGCCUGCCGCCAGGGGACUGCGCCGUCCUGCCGGCAGAGGAUCUCAUACAGGUACACUCAGGCAGCACCACGGCCUGCCGCCAGGGGACUGCGCCGUCCUGCCGGCAGAGGAUCUCAUACAGGUACACUCAGGCAGCACCACGGCCUGCCGCCAGGGGACUGCGCCGUCCUGCCGGCAGAGGAUCUCAUACAGGUACACUCAGGCAGCACCACGGCCUGCCGCCAGGGGACUGCGCCGUCCUGCCGGCAGAGGAUCUCAUACAGGUACACUCAGGCAGCACCACGGCCUGCCGCCAGGGGACUGCGCCGUCCUGCCGGCAGAGGAUCUCAUACAGGUACACUCAGGCAGCACCACGGCCUGCCGCCAGGGGACUGCGCCGUCCUGCCGGCAGAGGAUCUCAUACAGGUACACUCAGGCAGCACCACGGCCUGCCGCCAGGGGACUGCGCCGUCCUGCCGGCAGAGGAUCUCAUACAGGUACACUCAGGCAGCACCACGGCCUGCCGCCAGGGGACUGCGCCGUCCUGCCGGCAGAGGAUCUCAUACAGAUGUACAUAGACUCGGACAGUAAGGAGCUCACAGAGUACGACUACAAGAAGGCGCUGGACCUCACUGACUUCGUACACGACAUGGAGAGACGGGACGACCUGCGGCUCAGGGUGUGGUGCGCGUGUAUCCUGGCCGACGAUUGGUCGUCGUGUCGCGUGGAUGCGCCGGCGCAGGAGUUGUCCGACAAGAUGUUCUUCCGGCUUAUUGACCUCGUGCAUCUUAUGGGCGCGGACGUGCAGGUGGUGCUGCCGGCGGCCGAGGACGUGCUGACGGCGCCCGAGCUGGCCGAGCUGGCCGGGGACGCCCGCGUGCACUACCUGAUCAAGUACGGGUACCAGUGUCUCAGCGCGCGCCACUGACCAGUAGCCCGUCGCAGGCGCAGAUACACCUAGCACUUACGUCAUCUCGUAUUUUUUAAAAUAAAUACAAUUGCAAUGAAACAACAACAGACACUUCAUUAUUGUUAUUGUCUUCAAUCUUCAAAGACGAAAUUCUGAUAAUUUAGAUGUAUUGCAGUAGCUGAGCGUAGCACCUCAGUAGAUAUGUCAUAAGUUUAAUAGAUAAUAAUAUUGUAGCAAACAUACACAAAUUUUAAUAUACCACAUUCUAAGUACCUUUGCAGAACUGUGCAGAACGUAUUCACUUUGAUUUCAUUUUAUUUGUAUUCAAAGUCAUAAAAUAGACAUAUAUUUUUAAACUUAUAAACACCAUAUUACGUAGUUGGCAACAAUUAAAAUACUAACAGUGAAAAUGGUAGACAUAUAAUAAACUAGCUUUCACCCGCGGCUUCGCUCGCGUCACAAAAGGAUAAAAAGUAGCCUGUGUGACAUAUACUAACACACACAGGGCAAUCUAUACCAAUACUUUUAUUUUCUCUCGGGAAUAUCAAAUAUUUCCGGGAUAAAAAGGACUCUAUUAUUUAAUCCAG